AUUCUCGCAGAGACUUUCCCCAUUUUGCUUACUCUUUGGAGUUAAUUUUUACAGAGCUCUUGUUUUGAUGAACAACCAUUUAUGAUCAUUUAAAAAAAAAACAAAAACAAAUAUCACAUAAAUUCUCUCAGCAAGAAAAAAGAGAAUCAAGAAAGUAAUUAAGAUGUACAGAUCUGCAAGCUUGAACAGGUUCUCUGAUGAUUACUUCAAGCAUGCGACGAGUUCUUCAUCUUCAGGAUCAGGGCGUAGAUCAUCUCAUUCUAUGUUUGAUGGCAACAAUUUGCCCACAUAUGACCCCAUUGCAGAGUUGGCUAAGAGGGAGAGGACGCGUGUUAAGUACGCUGAGAAUGCAGUGCAUGUUAUCCCUUUGGUGCUGAUUGUUUGUGCAUUCAUUCUCUGGCUCUUUUCAAAUCCAGAUGCUGGAUUUAUAGGAGAUCCUAUUGGAGCAAGAAUUCAAGGAUUGAGUAUUGAAGGAGAAUUUGAAAGUGAUAGCGAUGGCACUCAAAUGGGUUUCUUACCCAUUGUGAGCUCAGAAGACAUAUCCACAAAAGAAUUUGCUGCUGAAAAUCUAAAUAUGUGGAAGGGCUGAAGUUGGUCAAAGUCCGGUUUCAAAGAAUAGAUAUUUGAUCUGCAACAUGACAAGUAACGACUUUUCUUGAACCCAAAAUGAACCAAAAGAUAUACCAAUUCCACUGUUUGGGGGCUCUAAUUUUCUGGCAUUUUGAGCAGAGGAAUCAUCAAGAGACACUGUUCAGCUUCAUUUGGGGUAAACAAUCAAAAUUCCUUCUUUUCUAAUUUCAAACUAAGCUUUGUUGUUCUGUAUUUUCUGUCCCUUUUCAUAUUUCUGAACAACAUAGGAAGCCAAAUUAAAACUUUUCCAUGGCUAUGCACAUAAAUCUGAAGCUCCAUAAGCUAUAUCUUAUGAUCUUAGUAGCAUCAAAAGUAGCAUCUCAACCCAUGCUACACUGUCCUCAAAACUGUGGCAACCUUAACAUUCCUUACCCAUUUGGGACAAGCAAGGGUUGUUACAUGGACGAAACUUUUCUCAUCACUUGCAACCAUAGCUCCACCACACCCAUUCCUCGAUUGGGACCUGACAAUAUAAUGGUGCUCAACAUAUCACUAGACGACGGAGAACUUCUAGUUUCAAGUCCUGUAGUCCAUGAUUGCGAUGGUGCCAAAGGCAAUCAUCAAAGUUCUAUAGAGGAGAAAGGUCUCAAUUUGACUCGGUUUUCAAUCUCACCAAGUAAGAACAAAUUCACAGCACUGGGUUGUGACACUGUUGGAAUAUUCAUGGGCUAUGAUAAAAAUAAAAACCGUGCCACAACACUGGGAUGUGUAGCCAUAUGUAGCACACUUGAUGAAAUCAUGAAGAACAAUGGAUCAUGUGGUGGCACUGGAUGUUGCCAAAUUAGUGUUCCCAAUGGAGUCUAUGGUUUUGAAAUGCAAACUUGGAGUAUGAACAACCACUCCCCAGUACGUGACUCCUAUCCUUGUAACUAUGCGUUUUGUGUUGGGGAAGGGUAUUACAACUUCAAAACGACAAAUCUUGAGAAUUUGGAGACUAAGAGCAUGCCCGUUGUGCUUGAUUGGGCAGUGGGAAAUCAAACGUGCGAAGAGGCCCAAAAUAUUGGUAGCUAUGCGUGCAAAGAUAAGAACAGUGUUUGCCUCAUUUCAACAAACGGGAUUGGUUAUCGUUGCAAAUGCAACAAUGGUUUCCAGGGAAACCCUUACGUCCAUGGUGGGUGCCAAGAUAUCAAUGAAUGCAAUAUGAAGCCUAACCCAUGCAUCAGCAGCAAAAAAUGCCAAAACUUUCCUGGCAGUUUUAAGUGUUCAUGCCCGAAGGGACAGAAAGGAGAUGGAUUGAGAGAUGGAGAAGGUUGCCGACAUAUAAACGACAAAUCCAUAGGAAAUCUCAUACUAAUAAUUGGACUGAGUUUGAGCUUAACUCUAUUGGCAGUAGUCGUGGGAUGCAUAAACAUAUGCCCUCAAAUCCGUGAAAGAAAGCUCAUCAAAAUGAGAGAAAGCUAUUUCCAAAAAAAUGGUGGUUUAUUAUUACAACAACAGAUUGAUUCACAUCAUGGCUCAUCUGAAAGAGCCACAAUCUUCACUGUUGAGGAGCUGAAGAAAGCGACCAACAACUAUGAUGAGGACAGAAUCAUAGGCAAAGGGGGCCAUGGAACAGUAUACAAAGGUACAUUAUCAGAUGGCAGAGUUGUUGCCAUUAAGAAGUCCAUGGUUUCUAACCAAAGUGAGAUCGAACAAUUCAUAAACGAAGUUGUUGUGCUUUCCCAAAUCAACCACAGGAAUGUUGUCAAACUCGUAGGUUGUUGUUUAGAGACACAGUUUCCCCUACUUGUUUAUGAGUUCAUCACUAAUGGGACCCUUUUUGACCAUUUACACAUUGAGGGUCAAGCAUGUUACAAUAACAAACUUUCAUGGACAACACGUUUAAGAAUUGUAGCAGAAACCGCCGAAGCACUUGCAUACUUGCAUUCAGCUGUUUCCACGCCAAUCAUUCAUAGGGAUGUUAAAACUGCAAAUAUUCUUCUAGAUGAAAAUCUCACAGCCAAGGUUUCUGACUUUGGAGCUUCAAAGCUUGUUCCUCUUGAUCAAACUCAGUUAACCACUUUGGUGCAAGGAACAUUGGGCUACCUUGAUCCUGAAUACUUCCAAACAAGUCAACUAACUGAGAAGAGUGAUGUUUAUAGCUUUGGCGUUGUGCUUGCAGAAGUGUUGACAAGUAAGAAGGCACUUUCAUUUCUCAGGCCUGAGGUUCAAAGAAACUUGUCUAUGUAUUUUGUUUCUUCAAUUGAUGAGGAUCGCUUGGAUCAAAUACUAGACAGUGACAUUGUGAGUGAUGCAAAUGUUGUGUAUAUAAUAGAAGUUGCUAAUCUAGCAAAGAGGUGUCUUAGGCUAAAGGGGCAAGAAAGACCAAGCAUGAAAGAAGUGGCAAUGGAGUUGGAGGGAAUAAGGGUCAUGGAAAAACAUUCAUUAGGAGGAGCAAAUAAUGUGUCCAAAGAAGAGACCGAGUGUUUCCUCAAAGUUGGUUCACCCACUACCAACUUUAAUGUUGAUUGUGGAGUUGGUAGCAGUAGUAGUAGUGCAUUUUCUAGGUUCUAUAAUAUGCAAAACCAGAUUUUGGAAUCACUAGGUGCUGGACGAUAAUUGAAGGGCCACAACGUGGAUCAUGCAGGUUGCAAUUUAGGAUUUUAAAUUCCUUGACCAGCUUGUAAACGUGGAUCUAAGAAGCUACAACCUGUAGCAUUGAAGUAAACCUGGAUUCACCUCCUAACGUAAAGCCAAACAUGCUAUAAAAAAUGCACAAAAUAGUCUUGAUUUAUAUUUCUAUUCCAA